GGGACAUCCGGCGCGAGGCGGGGGCGCCCGUGUUGUGACUGGAGGGAGGGGGGAGGGGCCCAGUCAGCUGGGUGCGCUGUGGGGUGCGGGAGUUGCAGCGGCGCAGAGUCCACCCCGGCGGCCGCCAUGCCCGGCAUCGACAAGCUGCCCAUCGAGGAGACGCUGGAGGACAGCCCCCAGACCCGUUCUUUGCUGGGUGUGUUUGAAGAAGAUGCUGCUGCAAUUUCCAAUUACAUCAAUCAGUUAUUUCAAGCCAUGCACAGAAUAUAUGAUGCACAGAAUGAAUUAAGUGCAGCAACUCAUCUGACGUCAAAGCUUCUGAAAGAAUUUGAGAAGCAGCGUUUUCCACUAGGGGGAGAUGAUGAAGUUAUGAGUUCUACUUUACAGCAAUUUGCAAAAGUGAUAGAUGAGCUAAGUUCUUGCCAUGCAGUGCUAUCAACUCAACUUGCAGAUGCAAUGAUGUUUCCUAUUACCCAGUUUAAAGAAAGGGAUCUAAAAGAGAUACUAACCCUGAAAGAAGUUUUCCAAAUUGCAAGCAAUGACCAUGAUGCUGCCAUUACUAGAUACAGUCGGUUGUCAAAAAGAAGGGAAAAUGAAAAGAUCAAGGCUGAAGUUACAGAAGAUGUAUAUACUUCCAGGAAAAAACAGCAUCAGACUAUGAUGCAUUAUUUCUGUGCAUUAAAUACUCUUCAAUACAAAAAGAAAAUUGCUAUGCUAGAACCCUUGCUAGGAUACAUGCAAGCUCAGAUAAGCUUUUUUAAAAUGGGUUCAGAAAAUCUUAAUGAGCAGUUGGAAGAAUUUUUGACCAAUAUUGGCACAAGUGUACAAAAUGUUCGCAGGGAAAUGGAGUGUGAAGUAGAAACCAUGCAACAAACUAUAGAGGACUUGGAAGUAGCUAGUGAUCCGCUGUAUUUGCCUGAUCCUGAUACUACAAAAUUUCCUGUUCAUAGAAAUCUGACACGGAAAGCUGGCUAUCUCAAUGCGAGAAAUAAGACAGGGCUGGUAUCUUCCAGUUGGGAGAGACAGUUUUACUUCACUCAGGGUGGAAACUUGAUGAGCCAGGCAAGAGGUGAUGUAGCUGGGGGACUCGUCAUGGAUAUAGACAAUUGUUCAGUAAUGGCUGUGGACUGCGAAGACAGACGGUACUGUUUUCAGAUAACAUCUUUUGACGGUAAAAAGUCUUCAAUCUUACAGGCAGAGAGUAAAAAAGAUUAUGAAGAGUGGAUAUGCACAAUAAACAACAUAUCUAAACAGAUAUAUCUAAGUGAAAAUCCUGAGGAAAUUGCUGCACGUGUAAAUCAGUCAGCUCUGGAGGCUGUUACUCCAUCUCCCUCCUUUCAACAGAGGCAUGAGAGCAUGCGGCCAACUGUACUAUCUCGUCCUCCUACGGCUCGUACUAGCAGCACAGGGUCAUUGGGAUCUGAAUCAGCAGCUUUAUCGGCACUUUCUUUGGAUUCGCUUGUUGCCCCUGACACUCCUAUACAAUUUGACAUAAUAUCUCCAGUUAGUGAAGAUCAGCCUGGUCAAGCAAAAACUUCAGGGCAGUCGGGCAGACGCACAAAUCCUUUUGGUGAAUCUGGAGGCUCAAAAUCUGAAACAGAAGAUUCCAUUCUUCAUCAGUUAUUUAUUGUAAGAUUUCUUGGCUCUAUGGAGGUGAAAUAUGAUGAAAGUCCAGAUGUUGUUUAUGAAACAAUGCGUCAAAUACUAGCAGCUCGGGCCAUUCAUAACAUUUUCAGGAUGACAGAAUCACAUUUAUUAGUCACUUGUGACUGUUUAAAGUUAAUUGAUCCACAGACACAAGUUACAAGACUACGAUUUCCUUUGCCCAAUGUAGUCUUGUAUGCUACACACCAGGAGAAUAAGCGCCUCUUUGGAUUUGUGCUGAGAACUUCAGGAGGGAGAGUUGACAGCCGCCAGACUUCAGUCUGCUAUAUAUUUGAAUCAAAUAAUGAAGGGGAAAAGAUUUGUGACUCUGUUGGACUGGCAAAACAGAUUGCUUUUCAUGCAGAACUGGAUCGAAAAGCAUCGGAAAAGCAAAAAGAAAUAGAUAGAGUAAAAGAGAAACAACAAAAAGAACUCAAUAAACAAAAACAAAUCGAAAAGGACUUGGAGGAGCAAAGCCGAUUGAUAGCUGCUUCCAGCAGAUCGAACCAGAGCAGUGGAGAAGGACAAUUUGUAGUCCUUAGCAGUAGCCAGUCAGAAGACAGUGAUUUAGGAGAAGAUGGAAAGAAGAAGAGAGAAUCUGAAGCCUAAGGUUGCCUGCUUAAUUAAAACUGGAAUCAUGGAUCUAUCUGGUCAAAUGGCACAGUAUCUACAAGCAGCGAAAUGCAGGUGGAGGGUCUGUUGUAUUAUAUAAAAGACAUCCCAGUAUGUAGACCCCAUUAUGCCUUGAUUUUUCUUUCUUAAUUAACUUAUUUCCAUUUUCAUGUCAGCAUAAUUUCUCUUCUUUACGCCAGAUCAAGCAUGGUGAUGCUGCCAUGUUUACUACAAAAUUAUGGCUUCUAAAGGCUUCUUUGCAACAUGGAAAAAGUGUGUGGGGGUUUUCCACUCACUUGGCUGUGCAACUGACUGCUCUUGAAGCAAAAAUUAACCUCUCAUGGGACUUCAACAAUACACUGAAAUUUGUUCUUUACCCUGCAGUAUGCAGAACACCUUGUUGAAAACAAAAGUGGAUAUCCAAAUAAGAUAGUGCUAAGCUUUACCUAACUGUUGUUGCAGUUAAUUGUUCUUAGAUUUAGAAAGAAAAAUCCUUAUUAACAUCAGUGAGAUGUGCAGUAGUUCUAGAUGGUAAGAUCUUAAUUUUUUUUCAUACUGCAUUGUAUGGUACUGCCUUGGGUUUUUGGUGAAUGUAAUAUUGGAAGACUUCUUCAGACAGGAAAAAAAAUACUUUGUCAAACCUAGAAAAAGGCUGAAGAGAUACAGUUGCAUUUUUCUGCAUGAGGAAUGUUUAAACCAUCCUUAUCAAGUGGUAAGAAUAAUGUAAGUAUUCUUGUAGCAAAAGUGCCAUGUUCUUUAUUUUCCCCAGUACUUAUAAUAAAUUGUAAGCCUUUGACUUCACUUUUUAUAAAACAUGCCUACAGUUCCAAGAACAUCUUGACUAUCAUUAUUUGGAUCUUCUGAAUACUUAGAUGCCUUGUCACCAGUUCACUGCUCUUACUGAAAAUGAAUUGAGGUCUUUUCAUGAAAGUGUAUUUUGCAGAGAAUUAAAUAGCUUUUAAGUAAGAGACUAUGCUAAUUCUACAUCCUAGAGUCAAUCUUGUAAAGCAUUUUUCAAAGCAGUAUCUGUUUACAGCUCUUAAGCCUGAUCUCCAUUCUGUAUACCCUGUGUAAUAUUUAUUUUAUAUAGUACUACAUGUGCAUUCACCUUUUGAUUCAGAAUGGGAAAAUUGUUUAAAGUAAGAGAAAUAUUUAUUUUUGCACUAAUUACUAUAUAUACAAAAACCCAAUGAAACAGAAGACAUGUCUCUAAUAGUGGUAUAAAAAUAAUAGGAAAUGUAGAAAGAGAAGAAUAUACUUAUAAUCCCAGUUAUGUUAUAACAAGUAUGAGUGCUUUACAGUUCAUUGCAGGGUAUUUCAGCAUUUUUGGUGUUCAGGAACGGAUGCAAUUUUCAGAAUAUCUCCCAUCACCAGUGCUGGCCCAGUCUUUCACAGCUGGAAUUUCUUGGUGCUGAUAAUACAGUAAGUGAGGAAUCUCAGCAUCUCUACUAGAUGUCUGCAAGUGGAUAGAGGGAACUGUACCCUAGACUGUCCUCAUGCAUGGGAGUUACCUUGCAUAAGGUAAAGAAGGCAGCUGCCUCCUCCACUUUACGCUGGAGAGGCAAAUUUCUAUGCAGAGGUUAACUGCAUCUGGCUCCUGUCACAGGAGAGCAAGGGAGGUGUUACCUAUCAGCCCAGCCUGCUGCAGGAAUAACAGAAGUUGCUGCUUUGGGGCUGCUGCUGCAGGAGGAGACCAGUGCUCUUGGCUGAUGUUACUGGCACUGCAGCACAUGGAGGGAGCUGCGCAGCCUCAGAAACGGUCACAGUGCUGCUGCCUUAUGAGAGAGGCUGAAGGGGGGGACUCAGCUACAAAAAAACCUCCAUGUUCUUCUCCUGCAUUAGUAGUUCCUACUCCAGUAUAUUUUUUAUCCCCAGAGAAGUCAGACAAUUGCCGAAGUACCUGCUUUGGUGUUUGCCUAGCGAGGCCAGAUGGUAUUGGCCUGGUGCGAACCUUGGCCAGCACACUGUCAGAUGGACCAUGCAGUUCUGAGGCUUUGUACGUUAUCUAAGUGGCGUUUUUAUUUCAUGUACAGUUUUGCAUUCUCAGCUCUUGUUCUUAAGAGACUUUUUAUUCUUGCCAACAAGAAUGUAGAGAGAGGCAACAAAUGCAAAUUUUUUUUUCCUCUUCAUGCCUGAAUCUAGGCUUACAAGUAGUUGCAUGGUAGCCAGAUUCUCUCUCCAAGUUGGUCCAACUUGCGUUUCUUUCUCUUUGCUUUGCCCCCUCCCCCUUUUGUACUUAGUGAUAUUUCUGUUUUCUAUCAGAUAAUAUGACAGCUUAGCUCAAGGUUGUUGGGUCUGUCUUCUUCCAGUACAUGCUGAAAAUGAGGUAACUUUGAAACAGUACAAGACUAUGAAGUCGCUGGUCUCCAUUUUCUAGAAUUUAGUCACCUAGUUGUCAGAGUGAUCAGUGUGUUAACCAGUUUAGCUGCACUAUCCUCAGCUCUAUGUAGGAGACAGCUAAUAGAUUAGCAGUCUUAUCAAAAAGUAUUUCUGCUGUGUAGCCUGUUUUCUCUAAGUGUUAUUGUAUUAGCCUUAUUGAAAAGAUGUUAUCUUUUCUUGAAACCUAUUAUGGUUUUAGCUAUAAAUCUGCAACGAUAAGGAGGAAAAGCAGGAGACAGAAAGUUGGCACCUGAACUUACUGUGAUAUGGGACUCUUCAGAUGUAAAAAUAGAUUAUUGGAAUUAUUUCAUUUGCUUUGCAGGCUUUCCAUCCGUGCCAUUACGUGUAGUUUUCCAAAACAGACAGCACAGGAGUGAAUUGCCUAUCAUUUGUGUUAGAUGACUCUCCUAGCCAUUAAAAAGCAGGGAAAUGAAUGAAGAGGGUGGUUCUUAAGGGAAGGAAGAUAGAUUGAGAUGGAUGCAUGAAUUAAGUUUUUUGGAUUGUUUAGGAGAGUCUCUGUGGUGCAGAAUGAGCACAAAUAUAUAAGAGCAUCCAGGAGAGUGAAGGCUGCAAGAGCAAAUGGCAGGUCAAGAGAGAUCAAGAAGUUAAAGUGGACCAGUGCAAUGAGUUGGCAGUGGGGCUAGGACUAUUGAGGCCCUCCUGAAGGGGGGAGCACUGGGCUUUAUGGUCAUAAUUACCUCAAGGCAAAGAACAUCUGCUGAGGUUUUAUGCCUGCCCUCUUCCCCAGAAUGAAAAAUAUUUGGUACCCUUUUUCUCAUGAGAUUCGGAAAUUCUUCAUUGGAAAAUUAAAAAAAACCACAAAAUUUUAUGGAGAGCUUAGUAUUUUUGUUGAGAGUAUAACUUCUAAUGUAAACACCUCAUGGCCUCCUGGGAGCUACUGUGGUAAAAUUUCACCAGAGUGUUUUAUUAUUGCAAGUAAAUUACUAGUUGGUGUCCUCUCCUGUAAUUUAUUUCUCCCUUUGUGCUAUUUCCUACUGCUUUUUACUUCUAGACUGAUCUACCAAGUACUGCAGCUGAAGUUUUAUUUUGCAUCCUUCUGAGUCUAACAGAUAUACUGAUUAUUCCAAAAACUCCUGAAAACAUUCUUUCAGGUACACUGAUUUUAAAAUGACUUUGCAUAGGUACUGAAACAGCGGUCUUGUUUAGGGCUAAAUUUUCAUGUUGCUAAUUGCAUCCUAAUAGUUACUGCCCCCUUUUUUUCCUUAGGUAAGGGGAUAUUAAGUUUGUGACACUAUGUAGAUCUACACACUACAGACCACAGCAAAUUUUCACAUCAGUUGUUUCAAGCUAUGUUCAUUCUCUAUGAAGGUAAUGGUGUGAAUAUCAAAAUUCAUACACAGUACUUAUAGGUAUGCAUUUUAUUGCAUUAUAGAUAAUACGUAGUACUCCUCUAUGGCCAUGAAUGCAUUUUCUUUAAGUCUAAACUGGAGGAAAGUUAACAGAGUUGUAUACAACUUAGCCGUACAGAACUGGUUAAAAUUGGUGGUAUAAAGUAAUUGCGAUGUGAUAAGUCUAUUACUUCCUUAAUCUUUUUAGCUUUGAAAUUGUACCAACAAAAAUAUUAGUUAACUGUUAAAAGAUAAAUUAACAGUGAAAUAACAGCCCCCCCACCAGUGCAGUGAAAUUUCAUUAUUAUAGGGAUGUAAAUUCAGAGCAAUCGCUGAAACAGCUGAAGCUAUUUAUGAAGAUAUACUUUAUGGACAUUGAUAUAAAGAAGCAAAUUUGGACUGUGCAUAUCUUUCUUUUAAGGUGAAUUUUGAAGUACUCCCACAGAAUUUAGGAGAGAAGCAAAUGGAGAAAGUGUUACUACUACUGUCUCAUGUUAUUUCAGAAAUAAUUCACACAGACAAAACAAACCUGCCUCUGCUGUUUAGUUAAUGCUCAGUGAAUUCAGUAGAGAGACACUGUCUAGUCUAACAACAGCUGAUAUUUUAUAUUCUUUCCUUUGCUCUAUUUUACAGAAUUUCUUGCAAGUCAAUUAGUUUCCAAGACUUUUCUUUCUAACCAAGCACUAAGUUUUUUGGGUUUUUUUUUCCUGCCACAGUGAUACCCAAUUUAUUAAGACAAGAAUAAGCCAGCGUGCCCUUGUGAAUGCAUUUGUAUUCGUAAUGAAGUUUAUAUUGCAAGCCAAGGAUUUUGUACAAUCUUUCAGGUGAUUUUUAUAAUACAGUGGAGUGGUCACAUACUUAUGAUGAUGUACUGGACUGGUCAUGUUCUAGUGAAGUAUAAGUAAUUUUUGCAAUGUUUGAGACUUACACUUUUUUUUUCCUUGAAUAGCUGUAUUUAAAACCUCAAGUGGUAUACUUACUUCAACACUGAUGUGUUUUAAGCUUGGAAACAUGAAUAGUAAACGUAUUAUGCCAGGGCUUCAGUCAGCAUUUUGUAGGUUAAAUAAUAAAAACUUAAGUAUAAUAACUUUCUGGAUGGGAUUUGUACUGAUUCAAAAAAAAUCUACUUUUUCCCUAAUACUGAUUUCCAGAGAGUACCAUUAUCGGCAAUAGGAUGUAUUCCCUUCCAUUGAAUAAGUUAAAGAUGCAGUUGAAUCCCUCUGUUUUCAAAGUAUAUCUCAAUUCUGUUAAUUUUAAUUAUAUUAAUUAGCCAGAUAUCCUCAGAGGAAGUUACUGUACUUGGGAAUGAUGGUAACUUAUUUUUGCAACAAUCAAAGACUGAACAUUAAGAGAAGAAAAUCCUUACUACCUUAGCUGGCUGUUUUAAUGCACAUGUUCUAGUCACAUGACAAUGUGUAGAACUUUGUAAAGAGCUACGGUUACGUUAAUGGUCAGAAUUAAUGUGUAUAGAAAAGCUAUACCAGCACAACCAUUAACAUGGGUACUGACACUAUUUCACAGGCUUCAUUAGUUUUCUUUAUUAUAUGAUAAGGCACCAUGUAAGAAGCAAUGAAUUAUAGCUCCAUAAUAGUUAAAUUUGUAUUUUAUAAGAUUUGUAGAUUUUUUUCUGAGGGAAAAGAGACUUUUGAAUUAUGUAACUUCAGUGAUACAGAUGCAUGUAUAAAUGAAAAUCUAUGCCUACUUGAUAAUGAAGGAAUAAAUAUUAUUAAUGCCAA